UCUAGACCUCCAAGAAAUCAAAAGAAAUAGAGAUAUCAUACCCUAGUUUCUUAGGAGGAAGGAGGAGAAGGCAUAGCUAAUGGAAUCCUUUAUUGGUGAAGAGUGGAGUCCUCUUGAAAAUGAAAAGUUUGAGGAAGCACUCGCUGAGAUUGAUCUUGAUGGACAAGACUGGUUGGAGCAGCUAAAUGAAACGCUCCCAACCAAAGUUACCGAAGAAUUGGCCGACGACUACAUCGAUCUCACGGGGGAUUUGGGAUGCAUCGAUAAUGGAAGAAACUUAACAUUGCCUAACAUUGCAAGUUCUAAUGUGACAAAGGAUGGUGAUUCAGGGUUUUCAUUGAUGGACAACCCUUUGCAAGAGAUGAAUGUAAUAGGGUCAUCAUCAUCUAAGACAACGAUGGUAGCAAAAACAAUGAUGGAAGGGGGUUCAUCAUCAUCAAUUGCUGAUGAGGUGAUAACAUUGCCAUCCCUGGAGAAGCCUAAAGCUGAGAAACAACCUUUACCAAUGGCAGAAACAGAAGUAUUGACAAAAGCUAUAGCACCAGCAUCGACAAAAGGGAUACCUUGGACCGAGGAGGAGCACAGGUUGUUUUUGAUUGGUAUGGAUGUGCAUGGAAGGGGUGAUUGGAGGCAUAUAGCCAAGAAUUUUGUUACCACAAGAACUCCAACCCAAGUUGCGAGUCAUGCACAAAAGUUCUUCCAACGCCAAUUACAAUUCAAGAAGAGACACAGGCGUAGCAUUCAUGAUAUCACAAGUAUCAACAGCACUUCGCCUACAAAGAUACGUAAGCUAAGCGUAUACGACUUAAUAGAGUGGAAGAAACCUCUUGACAUUCCUAAUGCCAAUCAUGCCUCUCAGUCUAACUCACCAUUCUUGCAUCAGCAACCAGCAAAUUACUCCAUGGCACACUCACAAAUUUCCAUUUCAACUAUGAUAGCAGGUGUUGGCACAUCCAAUGCCAAUAAUAUCUCUCAACUUAGCUUACCAUCCUUACCUCAAACAUCUACAAAUUACACCAUGGAGCAUUCACAAUUUCCAGUUUCACAUACUUUGGCAGGGGUUGGCACAUUGGAUGCCAAUAAUAUCUCUCAAGUUGACUCACCAUCCUUACUUCCACUGCCAGAAAGUUACAUUAUAGAGUAUUCACAAUUUCCAGUUUCGCAUAUAAUGACAGGGGUUAGCCCAUCAAUUAGCAAUAACCUCUCUCAAUUUGACUCACCAUCCUUGCUUCAACCACCAGCAAGUUACACCAUGGAACACUUGCAAUUUCCAGCUUCAAACAUGAUGGUGGAGGGUGGCACAUCCAAUACCAAUAAUGUCUCUCAAUUUGAUUCACUAUCUUUACCUCAACCACCAGUGAAUUACAUUGUGGAGCACUCAAAAUUUCUGAUUUCAAAUAUCGAUGCCAAGGAAGGGGAAGAGAGGGCUUCACUGGUUGCUCCUACUCAACUGGCUGACACUUUUCAACAGACAUUUGGAAUUGAGAACCACUUCUCUAGCAACAUGAUGAUUGGGCCAUCUUUCACUUCUAGCUCUACUAGUUCUUCAACUAUGUGGUCCCUUUGA